AUGGUCACUGCUAAACCUGUUAAAACUCCCAUGACAGCUAGCCUAAAACUGACCAAUAGUGACAAAGAUCCUUGUGAAAAUCCUAGUUUAUAUAGUUCAAUUGUGGGUAGCCUGCAAUAUCUCACUAUAACCAGGCCAGAGAUAUCAUUUUCUGUUAACAAAGUUUGUCAGUUUAUGCAGGAACUGAAGGCCACUCAUUGGCAAGCAGUGAAGAGAAUUCUAAGAUACUUGUGUGGAACUGCUACCACAGGUAUUGUUCUGACAAAAUCCAACAACUUACACAUUUCUGCUUUCUGUGAUGCAGAUUGGGGGGCUGAUGUUGAUGACAGAAAAUCAACAACAGGAUUUUGUGUCUUCCUAGGAUGUAAUCCAGUCAGUUGGUCAUCUAGGAAACAACAAGCUGUUUCAAGAAGCACAACAGAGGCAGAAUACAGAAGUUUAGCUGCUGUUACUGCAGAAAUUACUUGGCUGAAGAAUCUUCUACAUGAACUUCGAGUACCAAAUAUAAGAACUCCAAAGAUAUAUUGUGAUAACCUUAGUGCAGUACUUCUAGCUGCUAACCCAAUUCUUCACUCAAAGACUAAACACUUUGAACUAGACUUAUAUUUUGUAAGAGACAAAGUGCAGAAAAGAGAAAUAUCAGUCCAACAUAUACCUUCACUGGAGCAGACAGCUGACAUCUUCACAAAACCUCUCACCUAUCCUUCCUUCUCAAGCUGUAUGUACAAACUUAGGCUUCACUUUUGUUCUCCCAUAAGUUUGAGGGGGAGUGUAAAGGCAAUAUAG